AUGGCUGCGUUGGUCCAGACGAUUCCGCAACAAAGUGGCACGGUACCUGUGCUUCAAACUCGUCCAUCAUCCUCUUCGGGCACCUUCACAUCCUCAUCUCAAAACCCGCAACAGCAAAACGCUAGGAAUCCGACCAUGUCUUGGAACACAUACAACACGGUGGGCAGUUCGGGCAGCUACAGGGCAGGCCACCAGGUUGUGGCCCCUUACGCUUUCACCAGCACGCCCAACCUGUCCACUCCCGCCAAUGUGCAGAACCGCCAGUCGUGGUCCCCCCAUCUGAGACCUGAGCAUCGAACUUCGUCGGCCCCGUCCGCCCCUCAGCUAUCUCCUAGUCUCCUUCCUGUCGGUGUCAACUCGCGGUCGGCCAAUCACUUUGCAGCUGGUUCUGUAUCCACCUCUUCGUCCAAUUCUUCUGUACAAUCACACGUCUCGAAAGACGACACGGCCAUCCCUUCCAGGCAGCUGCGGAGUGAGCCUCCUCUCCGCCCCCUAUCGACCGUCAACCUGCCAUCUCCUUCGUCAUCUUCUUUCAUGAACAUAUCUUCCCCUACCGUCCGUCCGUCCCCUGAUCGCUACCGUCGAGGCAGUCGACGCCCGGAUAGCGUAGUUGGCACGCCGCCCGCCACUACAACGACGAAUGCUUCGGGUCCGUCCCGACCUCAGUCGGAAUCCCCGGAUGAGAAUCAUUUGCAGGAACCGCCCAGGAAUCCCGGCCACCACCGGGGGUCCAGUGCGGAUGAUACGUCGCGUGGGGAGAAGUCACAACCGGAAUUGGCCAAGAGAUAUAGGCGACGGAGCUGGGGAAAUAUGGAUAAUGCCGGCCUCAUUAAUCUUCAGCUUCAUCUGCCGACUUCGUCGCCGACCCCAUCCGCAGCAAGUGGUACGGACUACUUUGAUACAAACCACCGACCACGAUCGGCCCAGUCCCAUCGUGACGUUACCACGAGCAUUCACUCGACUCCCUCCUCAACCUCUUCGGCCCGUGAGCCCGGAACCCCAGAGCCCGCAUCUUCGCCCAGCCAAGCUGCGGCCAAACCGGAAGAUUCCAAACGGGCCCCGAAGCCGUCCCCGCUAUCACAGCCUGUUGAUGCGGAUCCUACGCCCGUAGCGUCACCCACUCAGCCAGAAAGCAAGGCAAGGCCCACCCCAAUGUCAAGUGCUGCCACCCAGCGAUUGGAGGAACUGUCCAAGAGCGACCUGAGACGACCAGGGAAGUCCCGGUUAAGAAGGGCAUUCUCGUUUGGGAGCGCCUCGGAGCUACUAAAGGCCUCCGCUCAGACCAGUGCGGGGAAGAAGGAGGCUAUUGCCCUGGAGAAGGCCCGCAGGGAGUUGCUCCAGGAAGAGCUUGGCCCAGAGCAGGCCGCUAUUGCGGAACAGCAGGAAGCCAGUGGCUUGGGAGAGAGCAUCUACUCGCAUCACCAGGGCCGAUUCUUCAAUAGCUCCACGGACAACCUCUCCGUGUCCUCCACGGCGUCUUCCGCCUCGAUCAUGCUUCGCAAAAUGGGCAAGGGGAUGAAACGAUCGACUCGAUCUCUCGUGGGAUUGUUCCGCCCCAAGUCCGUUAUCAGCACGGCUUCGACAGACGCCGGUGCCAUUGAACCAAUGGCGCCUCAGCUGUCCGUCGUCAACAUCGAAGCGGAAAGGAAAAGCGUAACAGUGAAUCCAGACCCGCAAGAUCUUCCUCGUGGCGGCACCGUAUUCCCCAAGGUCGAACCGACUGCCCCGGAGGUGUCGGGCCACGACGAGGCUGCGCUGGACAAGGCUCGCAAAAGCAUCGUCGGGGGAGACCGGGAGCGAGCCGAGGUUUUGGCCGCAGUUCGCAAGGGCAUUUUGAAAAAGACCCAUUCCGAUCCGACGGCUGGCAAGCCAUCGGAGGGCUCCCAGACCGUUAGCAGCAACGAUACUCCCCACUCCAGUGCUCCCAGCACCCCCGAAGAUCAGACGCGAUCCGGCAGUCGCCGCCCUGAAACGGUCAGGAUUGCCGGAGACGACGAUUUCCUCUCGGUGGGCCGGUUUGGCGAGAGCAAGAGUGCCCCCAUCAGCCCACAGGCUGUGGCUCCCAAGAGCCUGGUGUUCAGCCCCCGGAUCCAGUUCCACGACACGUGGCCCAGCGGGGAGUACGACCGGCGAGGAGAUAUUGCCACCUGCAAUCGGCUGACCCCGCUCCUUGCCCAGCAGAUCAAGGAGGAGCUCAACAAUUUCAAAAUGGUAUGUCUCCUUUGUUUUGGUUCUUGGGGGCCGCUGCUAACCCGGUCAACAGGAGAUGGAAGUCCACGAGACCUCCAAGGUCUACACCCAUUUCCUCUGAAGUAUUGCAUUCUGAAAGGCGUUUUCCCAUUCCAGUUUCCGGGCGAACUUGCAUGUCAUUUAUUCUCUGGACGGCUGUUGGAUCUAUGA